AUGAGGCUAUCACAGUACCUGCCCUUAGCGGGGCUCUUUUUGUUUUCUCUUAUUCCAAGCCAACUAUGCAAGAUCUGUGAGGUAAGUGAAAAAGACUACUUUCAUCUAAACCCUCUGCUGAGCACAAUGAGCCAUUCAAAAUAUACCAGGGGAACUGCAGCUGCCAAUGUCCUGUUGUCCCUCAGAUUUGUUGGUUUCCAGAACCAAACUCUGAAGCAGCAGCUGGUCCAACAAGUCAAAUACAGUGUGGAAAGGCAAGUGCCAAGUUUAAGCUCGGGACAGCUUGCCCUAAUUAUACUGGCUUUGGGAGCAUGUCAUACCCUUGACGAAAACUUUAUAUAUGAUCAUCACCUGAUUGGACAGCUAGAAAAUAAAUUCCGAGCAGAAAUUGAACACAUGGGAUCACACAAUGGCAACCCAUUGACGAACUACUACCAGCUUGGCCUGGACGUUUUGGCCUUGUGUCUGUUCAAUGGGAGUUACUCAGCCACCGAAGUUGCUGAUCUCUUUACUCCUAAAAAUAAAACCUAUUAUUUAGGUGGCCAGUUCUCAGUAGAUACUGCUGCAGUGGCUGUCCUGGCUCUGACCUGUGUGACGAGGAAUCUAAUAAGUGGGCAGAUCAAAGCAGACAAAGGAGAUCUAGAGAAGAUUGGUAACAAUACAAGUUCACUCGUAAAAAUGAUUCUGUCUGAGAAAAAAAAUGGUCUCAUUGGAAACUCAUUUAGUACAGGAGAAGCCAUGCAGGCCCUUUUUGUGUCAUCAGACUAUUACAAUGAAAAUGAAUGGGAUUGUGAAAAAACUCUGGACACAGUGCUCGAGGAAAUUUCCCAAGGAGUAUUCAGUAUUCCAAUUGCUGCAGCCCAGGUUUUACCUGCGUUGGUGGGAAAGACCUACUUGGAUAUUAACAACAACUCUGCUUGUGUCUCUGGUUCAGGUAUCUUCAAUGUCUCCAUUCAUGAGCCUAUAACCAUGACACCUCCAGUCUCGCUGUCAUAUAUCUCCGUCAAUUACUCUGUGAGGAUCAGUGAAACAUAUUCUAUCAAUGUUAAUGUGUCAAAUGGCGCUGUUUUCCUAGAUGUGAUGAAGGAAGCUCAGAAAAUGAAUAAGACUAUAUUUGGUUUCACAAUGGAAGAGAGCUCAUGGGGACCCUACAUCACCUCUGUUCAGGGCCUCUGGGCCAACAAUAAUGAAAGAACCUAUUGGGAACUUCUGAGUGAUGGAAAACCACUGAGCCAAGGAGCUGAUAAUUAUGUUGUUCAUAAUGGAGACAACUUGGAGGUUCGUUGGAGCAAAUACUAA